UUGCUGCGGAGGCGGGAGCGCGCGCGCGCGGCCGGGGCAGAGGAAGGAUAACGAACGUCGUCGGGCGCCAUCAGCCAGCGACCGAGCGCCAUGGCCAGACUGGAGCAAGUGCUGAUCCUGGAGCCGCCCAUCGAGCUCAAAUUCAAAGGUCCAUUUACAGAUGUAGUAACUACAAACCUUAAAUUGAAAAAUCCAACAGAUAAAAGGGUAUGUUUCAAAGUGAAGACUACAGCACCACGCCGAUACUGUGUACGGCCAAACAGUGGGAUAAUAGAUCCUGGAUCAACAGUUACUGUAUCAGUUAUGUUACAGCCGUUUGAUUAUGAUCCCAAUGAGAAAAGCAAACACAAAUUUAUGGUACAGACAGUCUAUGUUCCACCUGGUGUUGCAGACAUGGAGCUAGUAUGGAAAGAUGCAAAACCUGAAGAUCUCAUGGACUCUAAGCUGAGAUGCGUUUUUGAGCUGCCUUUUGAGAAUGAGAAGUCUCAGAACGAGACUGUAGAAAGUGAACCAUUAGAAAGUGGUUUAGGCAGCCCUUUAGAUUCAGCAAAGAUGGAUCUGCAAAGUCCUGUGUUCCAUAAUGACAGUGUUCGACCUCUGCGUGCGGUACCCACACCAGGAAAUGUGCUCAGGUUUCAUAUGCCAACUCGAGGCGCCAUCCUCCACACUCCACUCAGUUCUAGCCAGAGAAGUGACCUGCAGGGAUUUGUAUCUGCCCCAGCCAGUGAAAUGAGAAUGCAAAAGGUUCAGAAUGAUCUUGAAAUGAGCAAAUCUGCUACAAUAACAAAUGCAUCCAAACCAGAUGGACCUGCAGUGCCAAAAUCUGCCAGUGCUUCACUGGAUGACACUGAAGUGAGGAAACUAAUGGAAGAAUGCAAGAGACUUCAAUCUGAAUUGAUGAAAAUGACAGAUGAGAAUCGACAACUGAAAGAUGAUGGACUGAGACUGAGGAAGGCAACUCAGUCAGGUAACCCAGUGUCCACAUCUCACGUCGCACUCAGAGACAACGGUUCCACUGCUCUCCCCUCCCUUCUCGUUGUAAUUGCAGCCAUUUUCAUUGGAUUCUUUCUAGGGAAAUUCAUCUUGUAGAAGAAGCAUGCAAGCGUUUGGCCUGAAAAUGUUCUGUUGAUCUGCCAUAUUAUUGGUAGUCUGGCUCACGGUGACCAUAUUUGUGUACAGCAUCUUACAGGCCUUGCCUUUAAUGAUCUCUCACAGUUAGAACACACAAAUUAUUUUCAGUUCCUGGAUAAUUGGAGUUGUACAUUGUCAAAACAUCAAUAGCAGGUGUCUCAAGUUUCACAUAAAGUCCUUAAAAAAUAAUGAGUUGUUCUCUCUGUGGUUUAAUAAGAGUUGAAUGAAAUGUUAAGUGUCUUGUAAAUGUUAUUUUAAUCCUUUUAAAUUUUGUUACCUGUUGCUGGAUUACCUCUUGAAAUUCUUCAUUUUAUAGUCGGGUUGCUCAUGCCACUUGUUUACCAGUGACGAGAGGUGUACUGAAAAAAAAGGUGCCUCCUUGUAAAUUAUCCCAUUUCCCUUCCUUGCUGCUGAAGGCUGACCAGUUUAUCAAUGCAGAGUUUCUCCCUAGCCACAGAAAUGUCCCCAAUGUGAGGCAAAUGUUGAUUUGAAAGCUGUCCAUUAUUACCAAUCCUGUCCCAUGGUAUUUAACGAAAAUAAAAUCUUUAACACAUUAAA